GUCCUGAGAGACUCCUCAGCUUUCUUAAGCUUGUCGUUCUUGGCUGCAGACUUACUUAAAGCAUCAGAAUCAACAGCAGUAGCACCAGAAAAACGUCUUGCCUGCUUUGAAGAAGCUGCAGACUCUGUCAAAGACUUUGAUGCCUUAUCUUUCAUUCCCUGCAACGCUCGCAUUCCUGCCUGGUACAUCACCCUGCUCGCAUACCUCAAGCUCAUUUAUAAAGAAGAUAAAUAAGUAAUUGAAAAAUAUGUGGAGUAAGAUAUUAAUUCUUGUUUGAGAUGCGAAAUUGAGAGUCAAAUAUAUAGAGAAAGAGAUGGGAACUAUGGGCUAUAUGAUCUGGUUCAGUUUGAGGGAGAUUGACAAGAAAACUGGGUGCUAUAUUUCUGGGGGUAGGCGGCGCUUGCGACUUAAUGAAUUGAGGAGAAAAGAACAAUUGGAUAAGCCGAUAAGGAUGAUUCUCUGCCUACGUAGGAUUUACUUGGAAGAAGCUUCUGCACCUCUGGAUUCUUCCAAUUUUGAUAGCCUUGUAAUCGAAGAAAUUGUUUGAAAAACACUACUUUCUACUUAAAGCCCGAAUAUCUAUCUAAUCUUGGUCCAAAUGGUGUCGGCCCUGUCACGGCCCAUUUUGGCAAUCACCAGCUCACCACGUUUUCAUCCUCAGUGAUGAAGGAAGUGAUGGUGAAAACUCAACGUUUAAAAAAGAGGCAAUGACCUCCCGAACCAAAUCCUUUCACUUGAAGGGAAGAGCAACUGCCAACAAGUCUCACCUAGUCUUUCCCUCCAAUGGAUCUUCUUCUCCACUCCGCUUCUCACCUCUCCACCGCCAGAUACAUUCACCGUCGUCAUCUUCAUCUUACUUCACUUACACCUCGACGUAAAGGAUUCUUUCCUGUAAGGUCGAGCCUUCCAUUUCAAACUCACGAGGCAAAGUACCACAGAGAGCUGGAAGCUGCAAUUAAAGUCGUGGAAAGAGCUUGUCGUCUUUGCGUUGACGUGAAACGAUCACUGUUUUCUAGUGAAGGAAGGAUAGUUGAAAAGAAUGACCAGACUCCAGUUACUAUUGCUGAUUUUGGAGUUCAGGCACUUGUCAGCUUAGAACUGGGUAAGGUGUUCCCUUCUAUUCCCUUGGUGGCUGAAGAGGAUUCAAGUUUCGUACGCUCAAAUAAUUUGGUGGAUUCUGUUGUAAGUGUGGUUACUGAUAAAGCCAACUCCAAUGAUAAACCAUUGAAACAUGCUGAUGUCCUAGCAGCAAUUGACAGAGGGGGGAAGAAUCCUAUUGUUUUUGGAACAAACCCAGCCACAUAUUGGGUACUAGAUCCAAUUGAUGGCACUAAAGGUUUUGUUAAAGGAAAUGAGGCCCUAUAUGUGGUAGGUUUGGCUCUUGUGGUGGAAGGAGAGAUUGUAUUAGGUGUUAUGGGCUGCCCCAACUGGACAGAGGAUAAUUCCUACAAAUCCACUACUAAAAUUGAAAAUAUGCUAUCUGGACCUGGGACCCUUAUGGUAGCUCAUGUCGGGUGUGGAACAUGGACAAAGGAAUUACCAGAUAUGCUGGGUAGAUCAACCAAAGUUCUUGAUGGUUGGACCCGAUGUAUUGUUGAUGGACAUAACUUGGUGCCUGAAGCACGUUUUUGUAUUUCAGACAGUCAAACAUGGGAGUCUUUGCCACUUUCAGAUUUAUUUGAUGCAACAAGUGAAGCUGAUAGUGUUGGCGAUAAAGAAAUUCUCCUUUUGCCCACUUGCUGUGGAAGUUUAUGCAAGUAUCUAAUGGUGGCUUCGGGUAGGGCAUCGGUCUUCAUACUUCGAUCAACGACUCAGAGAACCAUCAAGGCUUGGGAUCAUGCUGUUGGCAUAAUAUGCGUACAUGAAGCUGGGGGAAAGGUAACUGACUGGAAAGGGAACCAGCUUGAUUUUGCAGCAGAUCAAGUAGAACGAAGGAUUAUAUUCCCAUCAGGUGGUGUUCUCGUAACUAAUGGUAAAUUACAUAAUCAGAUAGUGGAGAUGAUUGCUUCAAGUUCAGCCGUUGGUUAACAGUAAAUGAUAUCCAGUCUGGGUCAGUCUCUUCCUUGUGGUUAAAGAGAAAGAUUUGACUGGGAGUUGUUUCAAUCAUUCUGCAUUUUUCUUAUUUUUGAAGCUGACAUCAACUCAGCCUACAAAUGUUUCUUUCGAAACAAUUAUGCAACACUAUAAUUCAGAGCUUUUAUGCUGAAAUAUGGUAAAAUGAUCAAGCUGCCAAUGGAAAAUUGAGCACUUACAAUUUCA